GGAGGAAGAUAAUAUAAAAGAUGGAAUUCCAUUAACCUUUCCUUGCUCAAAAAGGAUUCCUCAACCUCCACAGACUCCUCUCUCUUUUGACGUCUCACCUUCUUCCACCUCAACUCGCCACAUGAGUUGACAUGGAGUCGAUUUCCACGACGAGGAGCUCCGGUUAUGAUCAAUCCCGACGUAAGCGUAAGAAAAAACCGCCUUCGCCACCACCGUCGUCGGUGCAGAAAUGGAGAUCGGAGAAGCAACAGCAGAUCUACUCUACCAAUAUCAUUCAGUCUCUCAGGGAACUCCGGAUUAGCGAUCCUUCUGCGAAGCCGGCUCCUCCUCGUGGCGGAGGUAGAGCAGUACGCGACGCAGCUUAUCGGUCCUUGGCGGUUACGGCGAGAGGUAGGACGCUGUGGAGCCGAGCUAUACUGUCUAAAGCUGUGAAAGUGAAACUCAAGUUCAGGAAACAGAACCGGUCGAGAAAUUCGAAUCCUCCGACUACGAUGAUAUCGAUAACCGGGAAUAACCGGUUGAGGAAGAAGAGAGCAACGGUUUUGAGGCUGAAGACGAAGGGUUUGCCAGCUGUACAGAGGAGAGUGAAGUUGCUGAGCCGGUUAAUUCCGGGUUGUCGGAAACAGCCGUUACCGGUGGUUUUAGAAGAAACAACUGAUUAUAUUGUUGCGAUGGAGAUGCAGAUUCGUGCUUUGAAUGCUAUUAUCUCCGCCGUUGGCUCCAGCUCGGCGCCGCGGCCACCAACGCCGGAGAUAGGUCGUGAUGGUGAAGAGACACACAUGCUCGUUGUUGAAGGCUGCUUUGUGGAGUGAUCUUUCUCGACAUACGGUUUAUUUAUCUUCCAAGCUGCUUCAACGAACCAACCGACACAUGAUUACAUGAAGUGAAGGUUGGGACUUCAAUAGUUGUCCUUUGAAAGCUUUGGUGGUUCGAACAGUUCAAAUAUCUUUUUCUAUCUUUUUAUUACGUUUCUACUCUGUAAAAUAUGGUUGCGAGCAUUCAAGAGAUAUAUAUUCUAAUAAGUUCAUGCUACUUUGUUACUGCUUCCGAAAAGAGGGUGUGCUACUUUGUUACUGCUUCCGAAACAAAUAUGUCAACUAACUUUUAGUCACAUAGAUUCAACAAGAAACACUCUGUUACAAAAUCUAUGACCCUC